AUGGCAGCUCCCUAUCUGUAUUGGUCGUGGUCCGCUCUAUUUGAAUUAGCGGCCUCCGCUGUUAGUAGUGUGCCUGCACUUAUCGUCGCACGUAAGCCAUACGCUUCGGCUAUGAAUGACUUAUCAGGGAAUAAAUCCUGCGAGGUCUGCAAAUCCGCUGCAUGGAAAUACAAGUGCCCUUCUUGUCUGCUAAAAAACUGCUCCCUUAAUUGCUACAAGGCGCACAAAAGCGUCUGCGUACAACCACACGGAGAAAAAACGGAAGAGCAACUCGAGACAGAGAUACCACUUGUACCCCUUGAUCUGGGUGACGACUGCUCCGACUACAUCCCUACCCGACUCCUCGAAAAACUUCGCACAUCCGAACGUCUCAAGGAGCUCCUUUCAAACCGACAUCUGCGGGAUUAUUUAGUCAACCUCGACAACUCUCGCCAUCCCGCAAAAGCCAUUGAAAAAGCUAUGAAAGAACCUCUCUUCGUGGAAUUCGCUGAUGAAUGUCUGCGCCUCAUUAACCAAGAAGAGGCACGAGAAUAA